AUGGCAGGUGCGCGUGUUGACCCUAAAUGCGCAACAAGAGAGAAGGACUGGUUCGAUCCGGACGCAGAUUGUGAUGCGGAUGAUUACGCUGAGAAUAUGGAGCGUGCUGAGGCCGCUGCACAAGCUUGCAUGGAACGAUUCCUCCAGCAACAUCAAGAGCAAUGCUCCUCUCACGCGGAGAUUGCCAACGAUGCCGUCCAGGAAGCCUUAGCGCUCGCCCAGCCAGACUCUCUCACGACUGAGGAUGUUCAUGAACUGUUCUGCUGGCCACCGCCAGACGUGGUGCGAAACAACAUCCAACGCGCCACGGCUGGAACACUCAGCACGCCUGUUGAGGUGUACGCCAAGGCCAAAGAGGCGAUAGAUCGUGGGCAUUUUGAGACGUUCACAAGUGCCGCCGAAGUUCAGCUCCUUACCAACGGGUUUCACGAGAAGAUCGACGGUUCAUAUCCAGCAAGAUGUACGGCAGCUUUUCAUUCUCCUGGAUACGGGCACGCUGUCAAUCUGAUAUCAAGAAGGCUCAUCCCGGACCUCAUCUUAGUUACCCAGGCUGCCGCCAGACGCCAGUUUCCGCCGAGGGUGUCGAGUCAACCUGUGGCAAUAGCGACUCCAAUCUCACAAGCUGAUUUCCAAGGAGGGCCUUGGCCACUUGCAUCGGCGGUGGAGUUGCGCUCUGCCAUGCAGAUAUUCAUCAACGACACCAAUAUCAGAGGCUACGAUGCUGGGCUGCGGUGGUCUGCUUUGCCCGAGGCGGAAAAGGAGACCUAUCGCACGCGAUCUGAAGCGGUCCGACGCGAGGCCUGGGCCUGGUACGACACAGCGAUAGCCGAGGUGUCAGAGCGUUGUUUAGAACAGAGUGAAGGGGUCUUCCACAUGGUCCGCAGGUAG